AUGCCUUCAGAAGCUACAAAAGCGUCAAACGCCGGCAUAGUCACCGCUCAAACCGGCGAGCGCCACAUCCCCGAGUCCCAGCGCGCAGAUGGCAGCACCCGCAAAGCGAUCAAGAUUCGACCGGGCUACCGCCCUGCCGAAGACGUCGAGGUCUACAAGAACCGUACCGCCCAUGCCUUUCAGGAGCGACAAAAGAGGGUAGGAAUCCCAGGAUCGCAGGGGUUGAAGGACGACAGCAGCAAGGCGGCGGAGGCGAGCAGCGCCGCGAGCAAUAAGAACGCAAAACGGCGUGAGGCCAGAAAGAAAGCCAGGGCAACUGAAGAAGAAGAGGGUCCUGCUGCAGGUGCGACAAAGACAGAGGAGCAGCAGACAACUGUGGACCCUGAGGUCGAGAAGGAGAAGAGGGCGAGGAACCUCAAGAAAAAGUUGAAGCAAGCCAGAGAUCUGCAGAACAAGAAAGAGGGAGGCGAAACGCUUCUGCCCGAGCAGAUUGCCAAAGUGAUCAAGAUCAAUGAGCUGAUUCGGGAGUUGGAAGCACUGGGCUUAGAUGCUGACAGCGAGCGCAAUGACAAGCCAGACACGAAGGGGGAGGGGGCCGAGGACGAGGCUACAGGGACAAGAUCAAUGGCACUUCACGUGCAGAAGAGAGUGUACAGGAAGUUCCCCAUAGCCGUCAUGACGCCCGAAGAAGAGCGCCAGGCUGCCCUCAACUCGUACCGGGCCAAGCUCAUCGAGUCUCGGGAGUGGGAAGCCAAGCUCAAGAACCUACGCCUCGAGAUCAAGGAGCUACAGAAGGAAUUUGAUAAGACAGAAGACAAUAUCAAGGCGCUGCAAAGCGUGGGCCAGAUUAUUGGCGAGGUCCUAAAGCAGUUGGAUGAAGAACGAUUUAUCGUGAAAGCGUCUUCAGGUCCCCGAUAUGUCGUCGGAUGCCGUAGCAAGGUCGACAAGGAGAAGAUGAAGCAGGGCACACGUGUAGCAUUGGACAUGACGACAUUAACAAUCAUGCGGAUGCUGCCCCGGGAGGUCGACCCUCUCGUCUACAACAUGUCGCUGGAGGAUCCUGGUCAGGUCAGUUUUGCUGGAAUCGGUGGCUUGAACGACCAGAUCCGCGAACUGCGAGAAGUGAUCGAGCUUCCGCUCAAGAACCCCGAGCUCUUCUUGCGCGUUGGGAUAAAGCCGCCCAAGGGCGUCCUUCUUUACGGACCCCCUGGCACAGGCAAGACUUUGCUGGCGAGAGCGGUUGCCAGCGGUCUUGAGACGAACUUUUUGAAGGUUGUCUCUUCAGCCAUUGUCGACAAGUACAUUGGUGAGUCAGCUCGGCUGAUUCGCGAGAUGUUCGGCUACGCCAAGGAGCACGAGCCCUGCAUCAUUUUCAUGGACGAGAUCGAUGCCAUCGGUGGACGGCGAUUCUCGGAAGGCACCAGUGCGGAUCGCGAAAUUCAGAGAACAUUGAUGGAGCUUCUCAACCAGCUGGACGGAUUCGACUACUUGGGCAAGACGAAGAUCAUCAUGGCAACAAACAGGCCCGACACGCUUGACCCGGCGUUGCUGCGUGCCGGUCGCUUAGAUCGCAAGAUCGAGAUCCCUCUGCCCAAUGAGGUCGGCCGGCUGGAGAUUCUCAAGAUUCACGCCCAAAGUGUGUCGGUGGAUGGGGACAUUGACUUUGAGAGUGUGGUGAAGAUGAGCGACGGCCUCAAUGGUGCUGAUUUACGAAACGUCGUGACAGAAGCCGGACUCUUCGCUAUCAAGGACUAUCGGGAGUCGAUCAGCCAGGAUGACUUCAACGGCGCGGUGCGCAAGGUCGCCGAGUCCAAGAAGUUGGAGGGCAAGCUGGAAUACCAGAAGCUGUAA